AUGCUGGGUUUAUCAUGCGAGAGGCAUAUCUCUAAUUAUAUUACAGCAUUUGGUGAACUUGGUCUGCGAAUACAGGAAAUAAAAAUAAGUAUUCUGAUUGCCCCCGAUCUAAAGACUAUUCGUUUAGAAAAGUUGAGUAAGCAAGAAUUUCAAAUUUUGAAUACAAGUAAUAUGUAUACUGAUAUAAGUUCAUUAUGA